AUGAGUAAUACAGUAAGACAACCAACUACAUUCACAAGAAAGAUACCUGCUGUAGCAUCAUCAUCGUUAGCUGGUGGUGCAGGUGGACAACAACAACAACAACAACAACAAGUUCAACACCAAAAGAAGUUACCAAAUGGUUGUAAACUAUCGAUUCAAAAUGGAAAUCUUCUCACUUCCACCGGUUUGAAUGAUCUAGACGAGAUCAUGGGUGGUGGUAUUCCAGUGGGUAGUAUUCUCAUGAUUGAGGAGGAUGUCAAUAGCAGCUACUACAUGUUUCUUUUGAAAUACUUUUUGGCAGAGGGUGUCGUGCAGAAUCACGGUACAUUCUUCUCGUCGUUGGUCGGUCUCGACGCUUUUGAAGUGCUAAACAAACUGCCGGCACGUCUAAACGAACAGGAACAGAAAGAAGAUGAAGAAGCAGACUUGCUUGCACAACGCGAAAAGUCUGGAGCAAGCAACACCGGUGAAUCCGACUUGAAAAUUGCAUGGCGUUAUCAGACCUAUAUCGAUGCCGAGAAUGCAAAGAAACGUGAACGUUCCACCGCAAAUAACAACUACUGUCACUCCUACGACUUCACCAGAAAGAUGAACAUUCAAUCGUUCCAACCGGAACAUAUGCACACCCUAACGUAUUCGUCGGCUGGCGCGCAGCAAGUAGAAGGUUCAUCUCCCUAUCGUAAUCUAUUCAUUGAGAUAAGAGAAUUGGUUCGUAAAUACAAUCAAGAAGCAUCGGCUGCAAGCGAUAUUGGUGGCGCGCCAAGAAUCUUGCGUCUGGCGCUACAGUCGUUCGCCACGCCACUCUGGUCGAACGACGUCGACGGUGUCGUUGAAUUUCUACACGCUCUCAAAGGUUUGCUGAGGUCGUCACUGGCAGUCGCAGUAGUAACCGUUCCAACACAUAUCUACAGUCAGUCGUUUGUCGCCAAGAUGGCACAUCUCUGUGAUAACGUCGUGGCUAUCAACUCGUUCACCGGUCUCGGUGGUGAAACACCAGCGGCCUUCUCAGACUACCUCGGAUUAUUCAACAUCAGAAAGAUUGCCAAACUCAACACACUCUCAUUGUCUUACCAUCCCAAUGUUUUAAAUUAUGUUUUCAAAAUGAAACGAAGAAAGAUGUGUAUUGAAACCAUACAUUUGCCACCAGAACUCUCACGUGAAGGCGACGCUACCAACACAAACAACGUUAACCAAGCAAAAGCCGGUGCCGAUCUAGUCAGUAAGAUGAAAUCCGGUAGUGGAUUACUUUGUUCAUCUGGAGGAAAUAAAGUUAAUCCAAUGGAUUUCUAA